GGAAGCUUGGAGUAAGGACAGACAGAGAGACAUAGAGUACCAACUGGUUACCAACUGAUAUCAUUUAGCCUGCACAGAGGAAUCCUUUUACAAAACUUGUCAGAAUGAACAUCUCGCAUUUGGUGGCUUGUGGACUUAUGAUCAUUCUGCUUUCAGUGAGGACAGGGGCGAAGCCUCUGACACCAGCGCAACAGAAGUCUCUUAGAAGUUUGUUGGGGGAGGAGCUUUCGGAGUUCCUGGCAUCUGAAGAGAGAGAGCGGAGGAUGGAAAACUUGCGCUCCAGGGUACGAUUGCUGCGAGACCUGCGCAUGGAAACUCGCGCCAAGGGCAUGUGGGCGCGCUUGCUGAACGACCAGCCCAGUGCACGGAGACACAAACCUAACACCAAGAAAGGGGCCGCGGCCCGGAGUGGCUGCUUCGGACACAAAAUGGACAGGAUAGGCACUAUUAGCGGCAUGGGCUGUUAGAGAUGGCGCAUCGAGACGUAUCGCAUUCAGACGAUGGGUUCGACAACAUGGAUUCAGUUGGUCCUCGCCUGAGGUAAAUGCCUAAAAAGUGAUGGAUUUUCGGUAUAAAAAGCCACCAUGACCAGCAUUUUCGAGGACUGAGACAACAAUGAUAAAACCAACCCAUAUGUAUAACAUUGGUGUAAAACCUAGAAACCGAAAAGCUGUAUAUUGUUGCUGCUGCUGUAAAUUCAUGUACUUUCAUUCCUGCAUAAAUGUAUUUAUGUUUUAAAAACUAUUUAUAUGUUUAUAAAAUAGAUAUUUAUAAAUAUUCAUUUUAUUUAUGUAACAUUUUGAAAUGGAUGCAAACUGCAGGUAAAUUCUGUUUGUAACCUUUUUUGUCUUAAAUAGUGAAUGUUUUCAAAAUGAUUAAAAAAAAAAUUCCAGGCACUAACGAGUCU